ACUUACAAGAAAUUGUAUUUGUAUUCUAAAAAUUGUCAAUUUUAGGUUCUUGCUUUAUCUUAAAAACUACGUAAGGAAUAGACGUUAUCCAGAAGGUGCGAUUGUAGAAGGACGUUGGAUAGACGAGUUAAUGACCUUUUGCUCAUGGUAUUUAGAUGACGUCGAGACUAAGUCUAAUCCACCUUUAAGAAAUGAUGUUUUAUCUAAUGAAACAAUAGACCAAGAGGGUCGUCGAUCAAGUAGAGAGAAAGGAUUUAAGCUUGAUGACAUUACAUGUGCUCAAGCCCACAAAUAUGUUUUAUUUAAUUCAACCUCCACAACUUCAUAUCGUGAUGAACAUAUAAAAGAAAUCAAGAAGGAAAAUCCUCGUCUAUCAGGACAUAAUGUGGAUCGAAUUCAUAAUGAAAGAUUUCAACUAUGGUUUAGAAAUCAUGAUUCAUAGCUGCUGAGGAACUUCGUUGAAAUGGCAAGAAAAAGACAGAGAAAUUCUAGUCAAGGUGAGCUUUUAUAUGAUUCUUCGGAGCAACAAAAACAAAAAAUCGGAAGUAUGUCAAUGCCUCAACCGCCCCAAAAUUGGCCACAAAAUGAAAGAGAUGAAUCACAUGAUACAAAAACUCUUCCAGGAAAAUACUGACACAACUGAUGACAUGAAGCGCAUACUGAUGAUGUCAUUUGGAUCUAAAUGGAAAGAAUCAAAGCAUGAAGCAAAACCUAUUGGACAUGACCCAUAUAACACUGAUAUUGAGCGUUUAGCUCAUUGUCCAAAUAGAGUUGAAGAAGACCAGUGGCGUUCAUUAGUUCAUUAUUGGAGAUCAAAAGAAGCAAAGGAAAAGAGUGAGAGAAACAAAGAAAGUCGAAAAAAAUUGACUAUGCCACACACAUCAGGGAGAGAAAGACAUUCUCAAAUUAUAGACGAUAUGACAAAGAUGAAUAAUGGUGUAAAGCCAACUAGUAUUGAGGUGUUCAAAAAAACUCACAUUAGAGAGAAUAAACAACCAGUAAAUGAGAUAGCUGGUGAAGUUAUGAAACAAAUGGAUGAUCUUGCCGAGGUGUAUCCUGAGUUGAAUGUCCCUGGAAGUGCUCCUAAUGAUGUUUAUUCCCAAGUAAUGGGAUCAGACACUCAUGGAAUUGUCCGAACUCUAGGAAAAAGAGCAUAUCCUAGCUUAGUAUAUGGCCCCGUAUAUAAACGAUCUCAGGCUGAAAAAAGAGAUUUUGAUACAAGGGUUGAGAUGGAACUUCAAAAAGCUACCUCAGCUAUGAAAAUUGAGAUGACAGAGAAGAUGUAUGAUGCAAAAAAAGAGAUGGAAGCAAUGGAUAAAAAGUUUUUAGAAGCGAAAGAGGAAGUAAAAGAGAAUAACGAAGUGAUGGAGAGAAAAUUAUCGGAAGCAAAAAUGGAUAUGGAAGAAAUUAUAGCGGAUAAAGUGAAGGAAGGAAUACAAGCAUAUGUAGAGUCUUUGGGAAUUAAUAUUGAUGCAAAUAUAAAAUCAGAGCCAGUGAAAUAAUUAUGUUGCUCACAAAAAAAUACUUUUUUUAGAUGAAAAUUUAGUUUCUCUUAAUUAUAAUAGUCUUCCUCU